AUGGAUCUCCGAAUGUGUACCUUCUUACUGGUGAUUAUCAUAUGCAUUACAAUGGAAACAGACUCGUGGCGGCGACGUCGACGACGGCGAUGCUCCCCCGUCAACUGCGAAUGGGGACAAUGGAGUAGCUGGUCCGAUUGCACAUAUCCCUGUGGGACAGAUGGAACGCAAACGCGCACUAGAAGCAAGGACAAGGAUGCUAGCUGUGGCGGGAGCUCGUGUUCCGGAUCAAGCACUGAGACACGUUCGUGUAACGUACCUGGGUGCAAUGGAAAUGGUACGCCACUAACAAAUUCAUGUGAGUGCAACGCGGGAUGGGAUGGUCGAUGCUGUGGUUCAUGUGUAUUGAUAAACUGCACGCUGUCAGAAUGGAGUGACUGGUCACAUUGCAGCCCGCCAUGUGGGUUAAGGUCUGAAAAGAAAAGAACACGAACGGAGUUGUUCUCGUCGCACUGUGGUGGGAGCGAAUGCACGGAACCCCUCGAAGAAACUACACCUUGUGAAGAUGAAAUUACUUGCUAUGGGCGAGGAGAACCUCUGCAAAUUGGGUUCGGAUGUAGCUGUAACAUCGGUUUCUAUGGUGACUGCUGUCUCUUAACCGAAGCAGAGGAAGACCCGUGCUUCAACUACGUUCCUAUAGACGAGCCAGCAAGGAGUAUUAACUACCACGUGGACUCAAGUGACCCGGGACUAAUAUGCGAUGAUAACUUCCCUUGGCAAUGGUAUCGGUUUGUGAGUGGAGCUGGUGGUGAAAUGACCAAUAUAGACGACUUGCCGAAUUACAGCUGCGGUACAGAAAUCCCACUUUAUAUGGACGGAACACACCCGGUUGGGAACCAAACAGAAUGGCGUAUUGCAUGUGGGAAUUUUUUAGGCACUAGGUGCUUCACUAAAUACCCCAUGCAAGUAAAGAAUUGCGGCGAUUACUUUGUUUAUAAGUUGGGAAGUGUUGAGUGCACAAGAGCAUACUGUGCAGGCACUGAGCUACAAUGUAAAGAAGGACAGACUUCACCAAAUGGGUUUACCCCAGGCUGUUCCGAUACUUACCCAAUGCUCGUAUCCGAACCAGUCGUGUCAAUAAGUAUGGAAGAACAGAACUAUCCUGAACUCGGAGACGUAAAUUUGAUGACACCAAUAUUUCAUUGUGAGUUCACUCCUACAACAUAUGAAAACGUCACGUCACUGUUCACUAUCAACUGGUAUGCAGACAAUGAACUGGUACAAGUAGAAAACCUAGUAAUUGAGAAAGGCGAAACAAGAAAUGUCAAAUUAACGUUAGAUGAUUUCGACCAUCCAUCACCAUCGGUUGAUGGGUUAUAUUCCAUUGGACAAACAAUAAAAUGCGGUGUUGUUUCAAAAUUUGUUGACGAAGACACCAUCAGUCCCGAAAAAUGGGAUUCCUACUUUGCCGGGAUAAAGAUAUUUGACACCGUGGUUUACCUAGAGGAGAACAGCGAACCGUAUUCAAUUAACUUUAGCAGCAGCAUUCCUAUAGUCUGCGAUCGUGACGCCGAUUACUGUUAUACAAGAGUCGGAGUUCACACAAGUAUAGAGAACAAACUUAUAUACAAUAUUCAAGACUGCUAUGUUGAACUUACAAAUGAUUACAUUGUGGGAACAAUUGAGACUAUAGACAUUGUAUGCCAUCCUAAUGAACCAGCAUAUGAAGCGGGAGUGUACAUAUUAGCGUUCGACACAUUCGAUAGCUCUAACCCGUCAUAUUACGUAGGAUACGCCCCCGGAGAAGUCACGGUACAUGUGAAUAAACAACAUGCUGGUCAAUGUAGAGCCACUGGUGACCCUCAUUACACUACAUUUGACGGCACAUAUUAUGAUUGGUAUGGAGUUGAUGAUUACGUAAUGGUCAAAGAAAAAGAGGGAUUUGAAAUGUUUAAUUUUACGGUUGAAGUGCGUCUGAAAAAGUGUAACCAUGGUAACAGUAACAACCCUUCCUGUAAUUGUGCAGUAGCUGUACGUGAAGGGAAUGACGUCGCUAUUGUUGAUAGUUGCGAUGGACCAAUGAAAUAUUAUGUUCACAGGGAUCAUGUAUAUUGUAACCCAGCAUUUACAGUUUCCAUUUCACCAAAUGGUAAAGAAGUAUGGGUACACACUGGAUCCGGCCAGCUUGUACGAUACGUAGAUGGUAGCUAUCCCGAUGUAUAUAUAGAUUUCAAUGGAGCGCUAUUUGAACGUGUAGAAGGAUUAUGUGGUUCUUUUGAUGAGAAUAAAAAUAAUGAUUUAGAUUACAUCGACCCGGCAACAGGGGAUGUAAUAUCUAACAACAAUGCAGACGAUUUUGCAAAGUCAUACGAGCUCGAUAAAGGCACAAGCCUUUUCUAUAAAGAAAAUAUGCCCAUUGCCAAUCCCAAUCUUCCAUCUUCAUAUCCCACAUGUCAGUGUUUAGCGGAGGAUCCUGAGAGCCCGGAAAGUGGGAGUAUAAUAGUCUGUGGAAGUUAUAGUGAUGGAAUAAAAGGUUAUGAUGAUGGCACUGAACAUUUCUCAUGUGAGGACAUGCAUCAAGAAGUGUUCAGUUCCGGCAUGCCUAAAACAUAUAAUGACGACUACGUAGUAUAUGAAUCCAUAUUUUCACAUCAUAGUUCGGAUUUAUCCAUCAAUGACUUCAAUGCAGAUAGCCUUACCUGGCCUACGCCUAGUGGUAUCACAGAAGACGAAGCAAUGAGGGCGUGUUAUGAUGCAGUUCACCAGUCUAACAUAAUUGAAUAUUGCGAACAAGUUGAAAGUAUAGCGGACGAUAUUGAUAAUGCAUUAGCGGACUGCAAGUUUGACGUUCAGGCGAUGGAUGAUCUAUCUGCCACUUCCAAUGCGCGAUCUGUGGUGGAAAGCAGUUGCUUGUCGGUGGUGUACAAAAACACGAGUUUGUGGGUAGCAAAUGACGAAGGUGAAUUAGCCCCUCCAGAGUCUGUUGUUGGAGCAACAUGCCCGGGUCACUGCAGUGGACACGGCAACUGUAGCAUGGAGGGUGUAUGCAUCUGUGAGGAAGGAUUCACGUCUGUUGACUGCAGUAUAGAUAUUGGUAAACCACCCAGAGUGUAUGAAGUAUAUGGCGGCAAUAUUUGUGAUAUACGGAGCAGACCGUGCGCUAGGAUUUCUGUUGCAGCUUCGGGGAUAUUUGACUCGGGUUACUUGACUUGCCAUAUUUAUGAGCUUGACUAUAUUUCAGGCAUCGGGAUUUGGACGGAUACGGGUGUUGUAGCGACCACGCUUGCUGACUUCAUGAGUGCAUACCAGAUGAACUGUUAUUUGCCGCUGACAUACGCAAGAAUAAGCCUAGACUCACGUACCGACCCUUCAGCAUCUCCUAUUCACGCGUUUAAUAUUUCCGUCAGCAAUGAUGGUGUAACUGAAAGCAGCAUGCUCCCUAUCGUUGUGUACGACUCUGUAUGUGUCAAUUGUUCAGAAGACGGCACGUGCGUUCAACGUGCCAUUGCAUCAACUAUGAAGACAACGCCAUCAUUGUCAACACCGGUCACAACUCCUGGAAUAGUUGGAAAUUUAACAACUCCUAGAAUGGUGGGGAUAGAACCAAGUGACACUGGUAACUCCUGGGUUUGGAUUGUGAUCGUUAUUUGUGUUUGUAUUGCAAUUACCGUGGUUGUGACGGUAGUUGUAUGGAAAAAGGUAACCAAGAAAAACAAAGUAGCUCCAGCAAUCAAACUGGGUGACGUCAACUCUACAACCACGGUGGAACCAACUGAAAAUUACAAAUAG